AUGAAGUUCACAAGUUCACGAUUUUUAAUUUGCCUUUCUAUAGAAUAUAAUGAGAUCACUAUGACGGAGGCCGAGGCAGUGUUGGGGAAACUGAAAGAGAUUGGACACGAUCUUGGGAAAGAAAGGGUUACCGAUGCUCUGGCAAAUAUCCUAAAAGAUCUGUCGGAAAUUGGAGGAAAGAUGGAUACGAUUCUCACCCAACUUGGCUGUAUUAGGUUUGGUGUCAAGAACAUGCUUGUCGGGGACAUUGGAACAAAAUUGAUUGGUUUGAAUUCUGUCGUGUCUGCUAUUCAAGUGUUAGCUCCAGUUUUCGAACGCCCUGCAAAGGAGUUUGCAAAUUUCAUACGUUCUAUUUUCUCAUCUACGGAUCGAAAUACUUCAACUAGUGAUGUCGUAUGUCAUGGUGGUCUUCGGAGUGCUAGCGCGAUUGAUAUGCUGGCUAAGGUAAUAUCAGGCACUCAUGAUUCCUACGGAGAUGAUGUGAUGAAAGCCGAUGUAGAUGGCGCAUGUCGAGUAUUUUCCUUUGCACAUCACGUUCUUAUUGGUGUGAGCUCUGAUUCUGACGAGUGUUCAAACAGAAGUGAAAUAUCGGAUGUGAUUAAUACGAUUGACAUAAACAACGGUGUGAAAACGUUAGGAAAAAUAGAGUCAAGAAUUUUUUCAUUGAUGGAAAACGAGCCUACAACACAAUCAGAGAGAGAACUGUCCAUGUAUAGCGAGAGAGUUAUCAAGUACAUCGACAUGUACUCUCACCUUGCAAUUCUCCGUGACGCCGUCAUGCUUGAAUUCUACGCUUUGCUUAUAUCCUCAGGACAUUCUGACCGCCUGGCAAAGGGUGUCACGGAAGGAAUGGAAGGUGAGCACGAGCGGGACAGGAACUUGAUGAAAUCGUUGGUACUUCCUAACCAAAAACAUGUUCGGUUUGCCUCAUUCUUUGAUCCUGACCGUUGGCCGUUCACUUUUAAAUUCAUUGAAGGCCACAAGGAUUUCUAUACAAUGGACAAUCUGGAUAUGGUACCAGUAGUCAUGAACACUGUGAAACGGAUGAAUUGGUUUGCAACACACGACACAAAACCAGCAGUAUAUCUCCGUUCCUUGAAAUCCUCGUUGGAAAGACCACUGGACAAAACAAAACACAACUUCGUCUUACUGAAGAAAGAGGGAUCUUCCUGUUACUAUAUUAGCCCUCAAGGUAAGAAGGAUAUGUAUGUUGUUAUGAGGAAUGACGAUGAGAAGUGGGUGGAGGUCAGACGAGGAAAGCCUGGCAAAGAAGGCGAGUGGAACCUCCUCAAUAUACAUGAUAAAGACUCCGUGUAUAUUCUCUCCACCAGGCGAUGGCCAGUUCAUUUUCUGAGUAUGUCCGACACGUGGCCUGGCUGGAUACAUGGAAAGAUAGCGUCUGUCUUGGACCCGUCUGUGCAAUGGAUAAUACAGUACAACGGAUCGAGGGCGUAA